CUCCACCGAGUGCCCAAAAUAACAACCGAACAAUUUGUUUCUCGUGACAUCUACUUUGCUCUUGCGGCACCCGCAAUUCACCCAAUAAACAGGCCGCUCAUUUUAUCCCCACUUCCGCAGUUCUUAUGCUUCUUGCUUACAGUACUUUACUACACAAUUACAAGCAAUCAAACACAAUCCACCCUAUUCAUUCAAUAAUUAUUCCCGUACUAAAUUGGGGUUAUUAUAAACAAGGAUUUUGUUGGAUUGGAUCUCAACAGUAGCUUUUUUUUGAUUGAUUUUGUAUUUUAUUUGGUGGGUGGGUUGGUGGUUAAGCAUCUGAUUCCAUUGUUACUUUGCUUUGCAGCCUUACCCAAAUCAAGGUUAUGAGACAUUCUUCUGGAGUUCAGAUUUUGUUUUAUAAACAGCAGUAUCUUGGUGUUGUGAGAGGAAAAUGAUGCUAUUAUUCCAAGCUUCAAAACACUAUGUUUUCAGCUAAAAACAUCCAGUGUAUUUAUCCUUCUUCACUUCAGUGUAGUUGGCCGAUUAACUAUAUAUGGGACUACUGUUGCACCUCAUCUUUUUCUUAGAGAAGAACAGAGGGGACGUUAUUCACCUGCGAUGAAUAGAUAAAUGAUUUAUGGAUUUUUAACAUUUCUUUUCUGAGGUGUCAAAUCAACCUGCAUGAUGGGUAAGGAAAUCCAGAAAGAAACAGUGAAUCAAGGAGUUUGUAGUGGAAGCUCUUCACCAACUAAAUGCGAUAGUUCAAGAGCUUCAACUGCAUCACAGCUUAGUAUAGAUAGGGAUCUGGGCUUGCCUUCUUGCCGUGUGUGCCAAUGCGUUGAAUCUGACAGAAGAGGGGAUGCUGCUCUUGGAUUUUUGGGGAUAGAUCCACUUCUAGUGGAGUCACAUAAUGUAAAGGAGCUACCUGAGCCUGGCACCAAAAAGGCCCUAAAUGACGUUGAGGGGAGCGCGUCAGUAGACACAAGUAAGAAAUUGGAGCCUGGGUAUGUGCAGUUCAUCAGUCCUACAGGAGAGGUUUUUGUUUGUAAUACAGAUUUAGAAAUGGGUGCGUGCUACAAUCGGGACACCUUGAUUGAACUUGGCUGUGCCUGUAAGAAUGAUCUUGCCCUUGUACACUAUGCUUGUGCCCUGAAAUGGUUUAUUAACCACGGUUCAACUGUCUGUGAAAUAUGUGGGUGUAUUGCUAGUAAUAUUAGAAUUGCUGAUUUCAACAAGGUACUUGCUUCCUUGAAAGAUUACGAGGCAUUAAGAGAUAGGACCGCCAAUGGGGUACCUAAUCCUGCCCACGUACAUUGUAAUUCUGAUGUGAGUUGUGUCGAUCCUGAUGCUGUUGCCGCUAUCCGCAGACAGAGGCUUAGUGAGAUUUAUUUGUGGUUUAAUCCGUAUGGUCAUCUCCGUCAUAAUAAUAACACCAGUGAAAAUUUAAAUGCCCCUUCAGUUCUGGUUGUUACAGAGCCACCCGCAAACAUCGUUUUUCAAGAUGUCACACCUCAAAAUGCAGCUACGAAAUGGGCUGUUGAAGGUACGGGUAUUUUGCUGGCGACAGGCCUGCUAACUGUUACUCUUGCAUGGCUCAUUGCUCCUCGUGUUGGGAAGAGAACAGCAAAAAAUGGUCUUCAUAUUCUUCUCGGAGGUGUUUGUGCCUUAGCUGUUGUUGUCUUCUUUCGCUGUAUUGUUCUAACCAGAAUCAAAUAUGGACCGGCACGAUACUGGGCAAUUUUGUUUGUAUUCUGGUUUCUUGUGUUUGGUAUAUGGGCAUCGCGGACACAUGCUGCUCAUACAACCUGAAUUUCUGUUAUGUUAUAGGCCGCAUCUCUGAUAUGUUUGUAAAGUCUGUUUCACCCAAUUUUCCUGUCAUGAAUUCAUGACAGUGGAUAGUUGUUUUUUUUUUUUUUUUUUUUUUUUUUUUUUU